AUGAACAAUUUCCCUGUUGUUGCUGUUGUUUUAUUCAUUUGUUGACUUUUAUCGAAGUGUUCUCGCGAGAUUUGACAGAACGAGAGGGCUCAUGGCGCUGCGCAUGCUGUGAAUAAAGGACAAACACGACCUGUAUAAUUCUCAUACUCGCAGACCUUCUGAAAAUAUUUCAGUGUCAAACUGCAAGUUAUGGAGGAACCUUCAAAAUUUGAGCGAUAUGUGUAUAAAAAUGCUUCAGUUUACCAUUAUAUGAAGAUAUCUCUAGUUUUGGAAAAUGGAAACAAAUAUAUUACUGAUGCACAGUUCAAACAAUUGAUCGUCUGUGGACUUAAAGACCUGUACGGAGAGGUUGGAGCUUCUUUUCCAUUUGAUUUGCUUAAGUUUGAUCAGAACGAACUGACCGGGAUACUGAGAGUGUACAACAGCGGGCUGGUGAAAUUGUGGAGUGCGUUAACUUUACUGGGAUCAUAUCAGAAUGAGGCGUGUGCAUUCAGAGUCACGCAGGUCUCGCCGUUUUUGCUAGCAUUGUCCGGGAAUAGCCGUGAGCUGCAGUUUGGAGACCAGCUGACAUUGUGAGUAGGGCACAGGUCGCUUUACGUGGGUGAACGGGCCUCGCUAAACAAAACAUUCAGUGCCAGAGACGUCGCACUUUUUGCUGAGCUGACGGGGGACACAAAUCCUCUCCACCUCGACCCCGAAUAUGCCAAAACAACC